AUGAAGCUCCUCCUGUCGCUCUCGGUCCUGGCGGUGGCUCUGCUGAUGGUUUUGGAAGGCCCAGCUCCGGCCCAGGCCGAGGACUCCAGCAUCCGGAAAGACCUGGAGGAGAAGGUCAUGGCAGCCCUUAACAAAAUCAAAAGCACCGCCGCCUGGUCCUGGAUUGAGGAACAAUUCCACUCAGCAAAGGAGGCAAUUAAAAGAACAUUCAACUGA